UUUUUUUUUUUUUGGAAGCACUCGUGCCUGAAAGGGUGAUUCUGAUCUUGCCCCUAGAACACUUGAGGACGAGCUUGCCCCGAUCUGGACCAUGGUUGUUGUUUGUUAUACCGUCCAUGAAAAAGCAAUGAAAGCCCUAACGGCCUAGCAGCUGACUCUAUCGAAACAAGUUGGGGACGAAGUGCCCAGGGAGUGGAUCUCGGAGUGCCAGCCGCGGCGAUGGAUCUUCGCUACCCCCAAACAGGCAAGUGAUAAGUGCAUCCAUGAUUGAAGCGGAUCUUGUCUGGCUUAGAAUAAGGUUCCUCGAUCGUAGAGUACUUUCCAAGCCCAUGAAGAUCGGAGUGGCCAUCCCCUAUGACAAUCUGUGUUCGCACUAGGGUGUAGGUUUCCCCAUUUUUGGGACCAAUCCAUUAGCAAACGUCAAUCUCCUCACCUUGGCUCCCCUGCCUCGAAGUACAUCUCCUAUAUCAUGCAUGCAGUAGCCCACUUGACCCUGAGCUAGUUGAUGCACAGCGUCGCGUUUUCAUCCCACACAAGGGCCUUGUUCUUUUGUCAUUCGUUAUGGCAGAUCUUGGCUUUUACGAAGACAAGUCAUUUCUCCCUGAACAAUGGACAGAAUUCGGACUCGGCGCUCUCAUUGUAUUUGUGCGAAUGGGUGUCCGGAUCCGGACGGUUGGUGUUAGAGGCUUUCAAGGCGAUGAUUAUUUCGCGUUUCUGGUAAGAUCCACUCUUCUUACUGACGCCCUUGCCAGUAUCCUGGAAUGUUAAAGAAGUGUACUAGGCAAUAGGCCUCCUGACUAUGGAUGCUGUAACAGUACACCUCUCAUGUAAGGACAUACCCCCCGUGGGUUGGUGCCAUCAAUGCUAAAAUCCAAGAAGACGUGCUAGGUACUAAUCUCGAGAUACCACACGGCCUACAUGAUUCCCUCACACCGACCCAAUAUUCUUCCGUUGUAGCCGGCUCCAAGGCGGAACUCGCUGCCUGGUAUUCCUACACAGCCCUAAUUUGGGUCAUGAAAGCAAAAAUGCUCUUCCUAUAGUAAGAACCUAUGUUUCACCGUGAUCGCACGCACUUGGAAACUAAGACGAAAUCCUUGUGACAAAAGCAAGCGUUUAACCCUGGGGUUAUGGCAAUCUCGGGUCAUUAAAUGGCUCGCGGCGUUUUGUGGGAUUACCUACAUUGCGGUGUUUCUAACCGUGACGUUUGGAUGUUUUCCUAUAUCGGAUAACUGGAGAGUAUAUCCUCCGCCCUCUAGUAAGGAACUGUUUCACCCCCAAGGGCUGCAAUGAUGUUAAUUACCUUCCAGAAAGGUGUGGACUCAAGAUCCAA